AUGAUGCUGCAGCAGCAGGUUGGGAAGAUGAAGAGAUAUUGGAGCAUUUCAAGCGCAGUAGCAGUGGCUGCAGUGUUGGUUGUGGUGUUGAUGUUCAUGAAUAUUGCUUCUCAGAUGAAGCUUUCUAAGCCAAUCCCACCCACAGAUCCUCAAGGAGGAGCAACUAUUCCGGCGGCGUCAAACCAACAUCAGGCCGCCGGCCCAAUCGAAUGCAACCGGUCGCACAAAAGUUAUGAUAUCUGUUGGAUCAACGGCCCAACUUUAUUGGACCCCAAUGGGCCUAAUAUUUAUUUUAUGGGCCCAACCAGCCCAACGGCCCAGGUGGAAAAAAUCCGGCCUUAUCCGCGAAAAUGGGAUAUUUACAGAAUGUCCCACGUCAAAGAAGUCACUCUUGGCUCCGGCUCCGGCUCCGGCGGCCGGCCGACCACACCGCCUCCGUGUAGGGUGAGGCACAAUGCCUCCGCCUUGGUGUUCAGCAUCGGCGGCUACACAGGGGACUUCCUUAGCGACUUCACCGACGAAUUCAUCCCACUGUCCGUCACCCUCAACUCCAUCUUCUCCGGCUCCGGCGGGGAUCCCGUCCUCGUAAUAUCCAACGUCCACAACUGGUGGACUCGGAAGUACGCGGAUCUGAUCCGAACUCUCACCAAUCGCCCGAUCAUAAACCUCGACACCGAAUCCGCCACCCACUGCUUCUCCUCCGCCGCCGUCGGCCUCAUCGGCGUCGACCUAGAAAACCCAAUCCCCAACUCCAUUAUCCAUUUCCACGAAUUACUACAAAAAGCCUAUGGGUACCAGCAUGACGCGGAUCAGAAUCUAUCCGGGUUGAACAAUCGGCCGCGGUUGGUGUUCCUUGGGCGGCACGACGCCGUGGGGAGGGAGGUUCUGAACCUCGCCCACGUGAAGGAAGUGGCAGAGGAUGAGGGCUUUGAGGUGGUAGAGUUUAACCCCAAGUACUCGACGUCGAUGAGAGAAAGUUACAUGCUGUUGAGUGGAAGCCAAGUGUUGGUGGGGGUAUUCGGGGCGGGGCUAAUCCAUCUCCUAAUGAUGGUGCCGGCGGCGGCGGUGGUGGUGCAGGUGGUGCCGAUCGGGGCGGAGAUGCUGGCGGAGAGGUGUUUCGGGAAGCUAGCAAAGGAGAUGAAGAUGGAGUACAUGGAGUACAGGAUUGGAGCGGAGGAGAGCAGCUUGGCGGAGAAGUAUGAGAAGGAUGAGGAGAUGGCCAUGGUGGUGAAGGAUGCAGAAGGGUGGAGGAAGAAGAAAGGAGGGUGGACAAGUGAAGUGGUCGAGAUGUACCUCAAGCAACAGGAUGUCAGGUUGGAUCUGGUUAGGUUUAGGGUUUGUUUGAAGGCGGCGUUUGUAAAAGCCAGAUCUUUCAUGGCUGCUAGCUGA